AUGGCCGAUUAUACAUCUAAACAACCGUUUUAUAUUUACUACUUUAAUCCUGAGAGGAGCACUCUUCAACGUGUUGAGAUCCAAGGUUUCGGAGAAUACCAUGAAGCAUCCAAUAAUCCUAGUAGAGUCCACGUCUUUGUAGACGAUUGUAGUAGAUUCUAUUCCUUUGCACAUCAUGUAGAGGAUCUUAGCAUUAAAGAUCCAAAUCUGCUCAAUUCAAGCAUCUCUGCUCCAUAUGUGUAUGCAAAAGAAGAUGAAGAAGAAGGAUAUGAUGAGUAUGGAAGACUAUGGAGAAAGAGAAAGAAAAAGAAGAGAGCAAUAGGAGCGGAUAGAGCAAAUCAUUGA